ACUACCACUCCCAACAUGCAAUGCAGCCAGAGUUAGCAAAGGAAAACCCCGUCUGGAAAUUUUGCCUUCCUGUGGCCCCCAGGCAAAGGAAAGGUUUAGAAAGUCGCCAGAAGGUAUUUUUUUGUAGGAGCGGUCACUCCCCAAAUCCAGGCAAGGAAGGGGAGGAGUCUGGGCCGUGUCCCGCCCUUCUCCAGUAAACUUCUCCCGCUCCAGGUUUGGAGGCAGAGUCGGAAGGGCUGGGAGUAGCUGCACGCCCCCACGCUUUCCCCAUGGUUUCGGUGACUAGAGCCGUGUUCGGAGACCUGCCCUCAGGGGCAGGGACAGUGGAGAAGUUCCAGCUGCAGUCAGACCUGCUGAAAGUGGACAUCAUCUCCUGGGGCUGCACCAUUACGGCCCUGGAGGUCAAAGACAGGCAGGGCAGGGCGUCAGAUGUGGUGCUCGGCUUUGCAGAGUUGGAAGGGUACCUCCAAAAGCAGCCCUACUUUGGAGCAGUGGUUGGCAGGGUGGCCAACCGAAUUGCCAAAGGAACAUUCACGGUGGACGGGAAGGAGUAUAAGCUGGCCGUUAACAAUGGGCCCAACAGUCUGCAUGGAGGAGUCAGGGGCUUUGAUAAGGUCGUCUGGACCCCUCAGGUGCUGUCAAAUGGUGUCCAGUUCUCGAGGAUCAGUCCAGAUGGUGAGGAAGGUUACCCUGGAGAGUUGAAAGUCUGGGUGACAUACACGCUGGAUGGUGGGGAGCUUAUGGUCAACUACCGAGCUCAGGCCAGUCAGACCACACCGGUCAAUCUGACCAACCAUUCUUAUUUCAACCUGGCAGGCCAGGAGCACAACAUGGCUUUACUAAACUUCUUCACAAGAAUCCUGGAAAAGGUGGAGGCAUUACUGGCCCAGUUUUACCCUGAAGGAAAAGCGAUUCUAGGAGCACCUGGGUGGCUCAGUCGGUUAAGCAUCUGGCUCUUGACUCCGGCACAGGGUUCCCCAAACAUCUAUGACCAUGAAGUCACUAUAGAAGCUGAUGCCUUUUUGCCGGUAGAUGAAACCCUGAUUCCUACAGGAGAAGUUGCUCCAGUACAAGGAACUGCCUUUGACCUGAGGAAGCCGGUGGAGCUUGGAAAACACCUGCAGGAGUUCCGUAUCCACGGCUUUGACCACAAUUUCUGUCUGAAGGGAUCUAAAGACAAGCACUUUUGUGCACGGGUCCAUCAUGCUGGAAGUGGGCGGGUUCUGGAAGUGUACACCACCCAACCCGGGGUCCAGUUUUACACGGGCAACUUCCUGGAUGGCACGCUGAAGGGCAAGAGUGGAGCAGUCUAUCCCAAGCACUCUGGCUUCUGCCUGGAGACCCAGAGCUGGCCUGAUGCAGUCAAUCAGCCCCACUUCCCUCCUGUGCUGCUGAGGCCUGGUGAGGAGUAUGACCACACCACUUGGUUCAAGUUUUCUGUCGCUUAAGGAAGUGUAAAGACCCCCAGGGCCAGGCUGGGGGCCCUUCAACAGCCUGUCUCCUGUCUAGAGAGAUUUAGAGGCUUUACAAGUGAUCCUGUGAAUCAAAAUCAUAUAAAGGGUAGCUGCACAAUAAUUAGUCUGGAUCUUGAUUUCCUUUCCCAGUGACUGGCUACAGGUUCAGUCUAUGACCAGCUCUGUCCUCUGUGUGGUUUAGGGGAUCCAACUGCCAAGGUUCUCGCCUAAGCCCUGACCCUAACCCGGAAGGGACACCCAGCCCCUUGCUGUGUUGGCCCCAUCUCUCCACCCUUCUGCUUUCUUCUCUCCUUUUUGCCCCUCUUUUCUUUGAUCCUACUCUCAUUCCGUUUCUUUGUCCUCCUCCCCUACCCUAGGCCACCGCGUCCCUGCGCAGCAAUUCAGAGCUCCGACAGACCUCUGAUAAGGUGGUAGAUGAUUGAGGGUGAAGGAGCUGGGGCUUAGGGAGCGCAAAUGACCCUCAUAAAGGCACACAACCAGAAGUUUUAGCCAAGACGUGACAUCAGGUAUCCACAUUCAAGCCCCCUCUUUGCUUCCAUUUCAGUCUGCCAGAGCAUUCCCAGGAUCGCUGGUGGACACGGGGUUCUGACCUUUGUUAGGGCCAGCCUUUCUUCCCAGAUUCAUGCUUAUGGGAAGCAUUAGUCUGAGUCUGAGUUUAGCUGUCUCUAAGGAUAUGACUUAAAGGGCCAGGUCAAAAUAUCCAGGAAGAAAUCUGUAAUUUUGAUCUCUGCCUUUGGGGUAGAGAAAGCCCCAGCCCAUGCAAGGCGUGGGAAAGAAAGCAAGCCUCUGGAGACAAGAGCUGUGUUAGUGUGGAAAGAGAGCCUUACCUGAGGACUGACUGUAGAGUGCACCUGGCACAAGACGUUGGUGUUACAUAGUUGAGCCUAGAGCUCCCCCAUUUCCUGAACAAUUGAAUCAUCAGUGAUGGGUUGGGGUUGGUGGUUGGUUUAGAGUUUUAAAGAAAUCUAUCUUCUAUUAUAUGCUAGCAACCAGUUGAAAUAAAACCAGAACUUGCACCUUC